AUGACGGACAUCACCUCGGCCUUCAAGGCAUCAUGCCAAGCCAUUCCACCCGCAAAAAUGAUCAAAAGACCCAGCACAUUACUCCUGGACGUCAUGAAUGCCAUGCCCUUCUUCGACCCCGCGCUGGACACGGGCCAGGUCGACCGGGCCGCUACAUUCGAUCUCUCAGCUGCCCUUUCGGUGAUAGAGAUCUGCGGAGUAAUGGACAAGAUGUUGCAGCUCGAGAUCUCGUGGCAUCUCGGAGCAACCCUUUGCGAUACAGUAUUCACCGCGCGCUAUUACCACCACCCAGCUGCGAUCUCAGGUAUAUCCCUCCACUCCUACACUCUUGCCUAUAUCAAAUCGGUCGAGCUCGUAUACAACGAGUUUGCCAAAGGCAACGUAGUGGACGGCGAGGAUGUCCUGCUGGACCACCAUGGGAUUUCGAUAGGCAUGUCCAACUCUGUCGAACAAGUCAUGGUCAUGCUGGACGAUGCUAUCCAAAAAGAGAUCUCAUCCGACAUCUCACAGCGGCUAGCUCUACGCAGGUCCAUGCUGUCUCUUUUCGCCAAUUCCUCGCAGCCCCUUGAUCUUCCCCGCUUUAGCAUAUCCCCAAUCAGCAAUUCUCCUGCCUUCACCCCGGUCACUCACCUCCUACGGCAAGCCAUGCCGCUCAUGCCGAGCGCACUCUGCGACCCGUGCCUCUACCUCAACCGGCUUGACGGGCAAAUGCGGGCGGUCCACGGCAUUGUCGGCCCAAAAGCCUGGCAGGCCUAUCUGUCGACGGAAGAGCUCUUGCCGUACGUCCGCUCAGUUGCGGCUGGCAGAAUCGCCGAGAUGGACAACGCGUAUCAACGCCUAUCCGCCCACACGCAGUCGCCGGGAAUCUGGCGAAGUAUUGCCGACGGAUGCGCUAUUGCCACACUACGCGUCCCUUUGCAAAACAGAGCUCGACAAAGACGGCUAUACCUAUCUGUCGCGCACUCUUGGCACGAACGGGCCACUUCGGCCUUUUCUGCGCGCGACCUGGAAGGAUUCCGAUGGACGCACGCUCUACGCUUGGACUGCUUACUCGAAGCUAGUCUGGCGGCGUACGAUCUCAACCUCUGCCCCCCUGCCGAGUAUGCACAAUCCCUCUGGUGGAUACAGCAAGUCUGGAUGCAUAUCGCAUCCGGCUUGUUGAAGAAGCUGUCGUCGAGGCCGCUGGCGGGGGCGAGCUCAAGGGAUCAGUUUCUUUUGCGACACAAAUGGGCGAGAAAGACACCAUAUCCCAAAAAGGGCAGGGGACUGGUUCCGCGCUGGGACGAUUGGAACUAUACGACGACGGAAACUCAGAUCUGGCGAUGGCCGAACGGCUCCUAG